AGGCAAAUCUCGUCUCCCAUCCCUCGCUUCAUUCGUCUAAUCUCUACUAGAAACCAUGGGAGCCGCUACAGAUGGCAAGACCUCGCCGCUUAUCGCGCUGCUCGGUGGAGGCAUUGCCGGUGGGAUCGAGGCAGCCUGCACAUAUCCCUUCGAGUUCGCUAAAACACGAGUCCAGUUAUAUGGCCACCAGGGCGUCAAGAAUCCGUUUGUUGUCGUGACGAAGGUAGUCAAAGAUGAGGGUAUUCGGGCAUUAUAUAAGGGUUGUUCGACCAUGAUUGUAGGUUCAAUCGGCAAAGACGCCGUCCGCUUCCUCGCCUUCGAUAGCAUCCGGCUCCUCUUCGAAGACCCCACAACUCAUACCCUUACCCCCAGCCAAUCCAUCCUAUCAGGCAUGUUGGCAGGCAUACUCUCCUCGACCGCCAUCGUCACCCCGAGCGAACGCAUCAAAACGGCCCUCAUCGACGAUGCCAAAACCACCCGCCGAUUUCACUCUCCCUGGCACUGCAUCUUAUCUUUAUACCGCGAACAAGGUCUCCGGCGGGCCCUGUACGCUGGCUACAUAACAACGACGCUAAAGCAAAUUGGCACCACCGGGUUCAGGCUGGGGUCGUAUAGCAUAAUCAAGGAUUUCGAGAGGGCCAGGGGCGUGGAUGUUGACGGACCCGUCGCGAGUUUUGCGAAUGGGGCCGUGGCAGGGACGGUGACGACGUUAGCGACGCAGCCGUUUGAUACAGUCAAGACAAAGGCGCAGCAGGCGCGGGAGGUGGGGACACUGGAGGCGUUACGGGUGGUUUUGAAGGAAGAUGGGGUAUUUAGGGGGCUGUGGAGGGGGACGGUCAUGAGGUUGGGGCGGACGGUUGUGGCGGGUGGAAUACUCUUUACCGCCAAUGAGCAGGCGGUUAAGGUGUUGAAAACCGUUAUAGGGAAAUAG